UAGUAGUUACACUACCGUUGCCGAUAGAUGACAGAACAAUAUACAUGUGAAGUCUUAUGCGCCGAAUUGCAAACUUAUAGGAAUGAGUUAUUGACAUAUGCGAAAGUAGGCUAAGUAAAGCAAAGUGCAAUUUAAUAUUUCUUGUAGACUAUUAUUUUUUUCUGUCGUCUUGAGACUCGCCUGGCCAGAACCAGAACCAGUAAUUCACGGAAUGCCGGUGUGAGGGCUAUCACAAUGCACUCUUACUACUCAGGUGUAAAACAACUGCAGUUGUGAUUACUCAUCGCAUCAUAAUACAUACGUAAUUGAAGUGUUGCAUGAAAGAUACAACAGUAACCCUUUUGUUUCUCAAUUGUACCUACCUGAUGCAGGUUUCUGUAUAUCCGCCAAUUAAUUUUUUUAUUUCAAAUUCAAUGGCAACUCUUACCUCAGCUCUUAAUAUUCCAGGCGCUGUAAUAAAUAUAAUAGAUUAUAAUUUUAUUUACAUGCUAUAAAUCCUUCAGUAAGUCUUGAUUUGUGCCUAUUCUAGCAGUUGGAAACUAUCCAAUUGUGUUGUACACAGUAUCCCAGACUUCUGAAACUGCUCCAUAAAAAUUAGAUAACCUUAACCUCGAGAAAAUCAAAGGUUACUCGCAUUGGGCUGAACAGAAAUCUGGAUGGGAGACAUAAAAAUAAUGCCUGAUGAACAGAAAUUGGUAUAUUUGUUAAUAAUCCUCAUACAGAUAAGUUCAAUAACAAGUUUUGAGCCCUUUACUGUUAUCAGUGCGAGCAUUUUAGCAGGAUCAGCUAUAUAUGGAGGCUAUAAUAAAUAUGUUUGUCACUUUAAUGAGUGCUGUGACAGUUCUUGGAUACCAUACAAUUUUACAAUGUUGGAAACAUCUUUACAAGAGCAUCUGUUUGGUCAGCAUCUUGCAUAUAAUAUUGUUGUGAGAGCUUUAAAAGCCCAUAUCAGGGAACAUUCAAGCCCUAAAAAAGCUUUGGCUUUUAGUUUCCAUGGUAUGUCAGGAAGUGGAAAAACUUUUGUCAGCCAGUUUAUCAUAAACAGUUUGUAUAAAUUGGGACUUCAAAGCAAAUAUGCACAUUUCUUUGCUGGAAGAAGUAAUUUCCCUAUGGAGAGUAAAGUUGACACAUACAAGAUGGAACUAACUGAAUUGAUCAGAGGAAAAGUGACUGAAUGUGAGAGAUCAUUAUUUGUUUUUGAUGAGGUUGACAAAAUUCCAAAAGGAGUGCUGGAUGCUGUUAAACCUUUCUUGGACUAUCAUGAACAAAUAAAUGGGGUAGAUUUCAGGAAGGCGAUAUUCAUCUUCCUGUCUAAUACAGGAAGCCAAGUUAUUGUUGAAAGGCUAAUGAAGAUGUGGGAGAAUGGAACAAAGAGAGGAGACAUUCAACUUGGGGACUUCGAAAAUUUAAUCAGAACAGGAGCUUUUAAUGAAAAGGGGGGCUUGCACAAGAGUGAGACCAUAGAGAACCACCUUAUUGAUCACUAUGUACCAUUUCUACCACUGGAAGAGGUCCAUGUAAGGCAGUGCAUUGAAGCAGAAUUCCAUCGUAGAGGGAAGAGAUUUCCACAUGAAGAACAUAUCAAAGAGGUGUUACGUUAUUUGACAUUUGGACCAGAACCACAUAAGCUAUUCUCCAAUUCUGGCUGCAAACGAAUUAUUCCAAAAGUAGCUGCUGUGAUGGAACUACUAGACAUUUAAUGGAGAGUGAUACAGAUGUUAAUGAAGGAAACAUUAUCUUCAGAGGAUUUUACAGCAAGUAUUUAACAAAUUCAGUAUCUGAAACCAAAUUAAAAUUGUAAUUUUGUAUUGUGAUAAAGAGGAAGAAACAAUAAGAUACUUCUCAUGUGAAGCAGACAUUCACUUCUGCCAUAUUCCUUCAUAUGACAAACUAUCACUCUUCCACAACAGCUGACAUGAAGGUACUCACUGAAAAUAAUUGUAUAAACACCACCUUUAGCCAUGUUAUCAAUGUAAUGUAUAAUGGCACAUGGAAUUAUAAAUUCAUAAGCCAUUUAGACAGUUAAAGUGCAGUGUACCUGAAAUAUAGAGCUGGUCCAUUUAUUUUCA